AUGAAACGUUGCAAUACACAAACGAAAACUCGUCCGAGUGUCUUGGAUCAUUGUUGGUCGUCAACAAACUGCGCAACAACUGAAGAAGCCAACGGUGACGAGAUGAAUCGAAAACCCUUAGCAACGAACAUCGUUGUUAAUCGAACUGAAUGCCGAACAGGUGGUGCUCAGAACGAAUCGCAUUCAGUUGAAAGCCGCCCUCAAUGCAGCAUCGCGGAGAGAGCGUUCAAAAAACGAACGAAAAACAGUGUCGAUGAAGAGCUUUUAAUGUCUGAACGAAAAUAUCUGCAGCAAUAUUGUGUAUCGCCAAAGAAUCAACGACAUUCUCCACGAGUCAUCGUAAAAAAAUCCAAAGCCUCGAAACAUCCAAUCAAAUCUGUGCAAUUAUCUGUUAUAAAGAAAUGUGCGACUGGAAAGAAUUCACCGUCACCAAAACUUGAGCAACGGCGAAAGAAAUUUAUGCGUGCAAAUUGGGAUCAGUCAAAUCAGGAGUAUCGUACCGAGGAGUUUUCGUAUCAAAGAAGCGAUCAAGUCAUUUUUGAGAGUAAUGUUCUCAGUGACCCAAGUUUAUGUCCUCUAAUUAGCUACUCCCCGAAACCUUUCAGGGUUACUCCAAACACUCAUAAGCAUGAACGAAUGUUCCGGUCACAAGAGAUCACGUAUGGACCAGGCAUUGUACAGAAGUUACGAGAUAAAUUCGCUGAAAUGUCGAAUAUCGCAACGCAGAAUGUUCGUAUUUCUCCGCAUUCAAAGAGAAAACGAUUUCCAUCAGCAGACGAUAUUCUAUCUGACGAAGCCGAAAACCGUGAUCAAACACCCUAUCGGCCUGAAAAUUAUUUGUUGAAAAACUCUGCAAACAAGUCAGUCUCUGAAACGUCAGUUGAAGCAAGCAGUAGUCCACAAGUUGAAAAGGGUGAGCAGUCGAAAAAAUUCGUGGUCGAAUCGAUGCAGCACCGAAGUGAUGCCAUGUACGAUGACAGCAAAUCGCUGCCAGCACAGUUUCCAGCUGCUCACUACACUGCCCAUGAGGAACCUCCACCUCGGGUGCAAAUAAGUUCACUAAGGGAGAAAUUCGAAACUGCAAUCUGGAAUCGCACAACGCGUUCUUAUUCAACACCUCCCCACACAUACGAAUCGGAUGAACCAGAAUUCAUCCGUGUGCAGCGAAGAAUAAGAAGCCAGAGUCGAGACCAAGUUCUUGCAGAUAUUACUCCAUCAGACGGUUCUUAUCGUAAUCGCUUCAUCAGACCCGCAUUCCUAGCGGUCAAAAAAGAGCAAAAGGUGAUCGAACCAGAGACAAAAGACAGCUGGGGUCUUCCACAAUUGAAGGGAUCAGCUCGAAUCAUUGUGCAAUCGCCACCAAAGGACGAGUCAAGUGCCAAGAGUGGUCAUCCGUUGCCUGUUCGAGUCGCUGAACUAAUAAGCCCACCUGAUCCAGAUACUGCUCGACUCUCGUUACCCGAGCCCACUACGUUUCAGCCUCCACCACAUUAUGAACCAACGGAAUCCAGUCCACCACCCGAAGAACCAAAACCACUCACUAUUGAUGUAAAUCGAAGUGGUUUGGAUGAAAUGCAUCGUUUAUUGAGUAAGUUUAGUAUCAAUCGAGAGAGUAAGCCGAUCGAUGAUGAAGAAAAGAACGAAACCACAAAGACGAAACCAGCAGAAAGUUCGGACAUUUUAAGGCUACUCUCAUCGAGUGCCCGAUCAUUGACUAAAUUCGACACUGAAAAUGAACAGAAACCAAAAUUCGAAGAUCGUUCACUGAAAGAAGAGAAAAACGAACGAAAAGUCGAAGAAGCAGUGAAUCAGAAUUUCCCGAAAACUGAGAUUGACCGACAUGUUGGAAAAUCUUUCUUCCAAACCGACGAUUUGCCUAAAGUGGAGCCGCUCAGUAGACCGGCAACGUUACUGAAGGAUCAGACGCCGAUGUUCACGCCAAUGCGUAUGGAUGAUCGUGCUCGUGAUGGCUUACCGGAUCGAUCAUGGACUACUCGAGCUUUUUCACCGAAAAAUUCCGACAUUUUAAUGCUACUGUCACCGACGGCUCAAAUCCAACCGUUGCCUAAAUUCCAUCCACGUUAG